GCGCCGCGCCUCUCGCGAGAAGCGCCGGCCAAGAUGGCGGCGGCGCCGGGCCGCUGAGAGCGGGGCCCCGGCGGGGCGGUGCGGGCGGUGCCGGGCCUGAGGGGCGGUGCCGGCUGCGGGCUGGGCCGGAGGAGGAGGGGAGCGAUGCCGAGCGGCUGCCAGCGGCUCCCCGGCGGCCGGCCAUGACCGGCGAGAAGCUGCGCUCGGUGCGCCGCGAGCACCGGCCCUGCAAGGCGGGCGGCGGGCUGCUGGGGCCCGGCGAUGAGGAGGCGGCGGCGGCGCCCGGCGGGGGCGGUGGGGGCGGCUUCACGGCGGGACGCGCCAAGGCCGCGAGGGCCGGGGGGCGCCGCGCAUCGGGCCCGCAGGCGCUGAAGGCGCCGCCGGUGGCUGGCGGAGGAGGAGGAGGAGGAGGAGGUGGAGGAGGCCCCGGCGCCGAGCCCGGCAGGGGCCCCGCGCACUUCCCGGUGCACGAAUGCGUCUUCAAGGGCGACGUGCGGCGCCUCUCGGCCCUCAUCCGCACGCAGGGCAUCGGCCAGAAGGACAGCCACGGAAACACUCCUCUGCAUCUUGCUGUGAUGUUGGGGCAUAAAGAAUGUGCCCACUUGCUUUUAGCCCAUAAUGCUCCAGUAAAGGUGAAAAAUGCUCAGGGAUGGAGCCCUCUUGCAGAAGCCAUCAGCUACGGAGACAGACAAAUGAUUACAGCACUCCUAAGGAAGCUUAAACAGCAGUCCAGGGAAAGUGUUGAAGAAAAGCGACCUCGGUUAUUAAAAGCCCUGAAAGAGCUAGGUGACUUCUAUCUAGAGCUUCACUGGGAUUUUCAAAGUUGGGUGCCUUUACUUUCCCGAAUUCUGCCUUCUGAUGCUUGUAAAAUACACAAACAAGGUAUAAAUAUCAGGCUGGACACAACUCUCAUAGACUUUACAGACAUGAAGUGCCAACGAGGGGAUUUAAGCUUCAUUUUUAAUGGUGAUGCAGCACCCUCUGAAUCUUUUGUAGUUUUAGACAAUGAACAAAAAGUUUACCAGCGAAUACAUCACGAGGAAUCGGAGAUGGAAACAGAGGAAGAGGUUGACAUUCUGAUGAGCAGUGAUAUUUACUCAGCAACAUUAUCAACCAAAUCAAUUACCUUCACGCGUGCCCAAACAGGAUGGCUUUUUCGAGAAGACAAAACAGAAAGAGUAGGAAACUUUUUGGCAGAUUUCUACCUAGUUAAUGGACUUGUAUUAGAAUCGAGAAAAAGAAGAGAACAUCUCAGUGAAGAGGAUAUUCUUCGAAAUAAAGCUAUCAUGGAGAGCCUGAGUAAAGGUGGCAACUUAAUGGAACAAAAUUUUGAGCCCGUCAGACGGCAGUCACUUACUCCACCAUCACCCAAUACAAUUACAUGGGAAGAGUACAUAUCUGCUGAAAAUGGAAAGGCUCCUCAUCUGGGUAGAGAGCUGGUCUGUAAAGAAAGCAAGAAGACCUUUAAAGCCACAAUAGCUAUGAGCCAGGAAUUUCCCUUAGGAAUUGAAUCAUUAUUGAAUGUUUUAGAAGUAAUUGCACCCUUCAAGCACUUUAACAAACUUAGAGAAUUUGUUCAAAUGAAGCUUCCACCAGGCUUUCCUGUAAAAUUAGAUAUUCCUGUAUUUCCCACCAUCACAGCCACUGUGACUUUUCAGGAGUUCCGUUACGAUGAAUUUGAUGAAUCCAUCUUCACUAUUCCUGAUGAUUACAAGGAGGACCCCAGCCGUUUCCCUGAUCUCUAAUUAAACUGGAAGGUUAAUGGUGAAUAACAAUAACAAUACCAGCGUACCACAGUGAGAGCAAAUGGAUGCAAAUAGCCCACAGAUGUAGAUAAAGGAGUGGGUCAUAAAGGAAGGGAUAAACUUAAUCCAGAGUAAAAGGGAACGUGCAUCAAAUGACUGAUGUACCAAUACUCACUCUAACGGGCAUCUAAUCUAGUUCCUGAUUUACAGCAAGUCUCCUGCUGUGUUGUUCACACUUUUAUACAUCCAGUACUGCAAGCGUGGUAGUCUGACACCUCAAUGACCCUGAGAAUACUUAACAGCUGUGAGGACUAUCAUUCGUUUUUAAAUUUUUUUACAUUUCUUGGUGAUACAAAAAGCACUCUUGGACCAUUAGCAUAAAAGUGGAAAUGUCUUAGCUGGAUAUCAGUCCUUUAAAACAUCCCACCAUAUUUUAAGAUGACGGUAUUACAUUCUUUCAAGCUUUGUUUUUGAGAAUUGUAAACUAUGUAUCAUUAUGUAUAGUUCAGUAAUUUGAAUGUUAGUUGAAUGCAUAUUAGGAGGAAUGUGUUUUCUGUAGUUGAAUGAACCAAAUGGUAACCAUUAAACAAUUGCAUUUUCUAUUGCAAUGCACUUCAGAAAUAGCAUUCACUCUGCAGGGAAUAAGGUACCUCCUCUAGCACCUUAGUGCAAUCCAUUGUGGUGCUAUCCAUGUCUCUGAACCAUUAAUUUCUUCACUGAGCUGUUUGCUAAUCUUGCUUUCAUUGGCCCUGCACAUAACUUCUCUUCAAACUGGCUUGGAAAAGCCUCUCUGUGUCCAUGAUGCGUCUUGAUUAGCGUGCUUGGAAGUUCAUUAGCUCGAAGUCACCACUUCUCAUCUGUCAUGUUCACUUAGGAGACUUGCUCCGUAAUGGUUGAACACCAACUAGGUUAUCUCCUAUUUGUAUUUAGCAGCCACUGGAAAACAUGGGGUGCUUAUAAAGAGUUCCUAGAACAAUAAGCUCAAGCCUUUGUAUGAGGAGAAAGGUUUUCUUGAAGUUAGUUCAAUUGUAGUGCACAUUGAAUAGGGCUCACCUUAGAGGAUUUUAUUUGCAAAUGCUUAGAAUAUUUCCAAAUUAUUUUUCCCCUUAUUUUUAAUAAGUAGGGGUUUCAGUACCCUGGCUUCUUGAGCUUAUUCUCAUUCCAAGUGGUUCCAGUCUCCUAAUUUGACAAAAAUCCAGCUUUUUGGUUUGUUAGCAAGAAUUUGUGCAAAAGGCUAAUGGUGCUAUUUGUUUUAAGAAAUUUAGAUUAAAGUGCUGUGGUGUAAUUGUACAAAAAUGUAAAUAUUUUCAAAAUUAUAUUCUUUGUGCACUGUAGUUAAAACUUUUUCUGGAAAUAAUAGAGUUAAGUAUCAGAAUUUAUUAUGAAGAGUACCAUCAAUGCUUAGUAAAGGUAACCAACCUAACUAACCAUGCGGAUGAUACGUGGAGAUAGCUUAUCACAAGGCAAUAAAAGCUGACUUGUCAGGCACAUUGAUAGAAUGUGGAAAUACGUGUCUGAAGGAGAAACUCUUUCUGAACUUCUAGAAUCUACCUGUAUAAAACCCAAAGAGGCUGCUCUAGAGAAAUACAGUAUCCACUCUAUAAACGAGUCCUGGUGAAUCACUAUCCGCAAAGUAAAGGUGAGGUGAAAAUAGGAAAUUGAGGUUGAUCCUUGUCCAGCAUCACUUUAAACCUGCACCUUGGAUGGGUGAGUAAUGCUUACUUUGCAGACUGUGACUGAUACACUGGAGUUACUAAUGCAAAAUCAAAUAAAAAAAAACAAUAGGGAAAAAAGAAAGGGAAAUGUAAAAUUUUUGUAAUUAUGUUUGAGUACUGUAUCAAUAGCAGAUGUUGAACAUUUUCUAGGAAUGAUAGGACUUGUUCUUCCAAGUUGUUAUGAAUUCCUAAAGUGUUUUACGUCUAUGGUAUAAGUUGACACCCACCUCGAGGUCUUGCUUAGAACCAGCUGAGAUCCUUACCACAAGAGACCCAGAUUGAAUGUAUGUAGAGACUGAAUUGUCCAGUCGGAGCUGGAGGUCAGGAUUAAAUACUAAUGGGGCCAAAUGCCGAAUACUCCUGUUGCCCUCUCUUACAAAUACCUAAUGUAGAGAAGAAUGUUUGGGGCAGUGCUGCUGGAUCAGGUUUUGUGGCAGGCACAAAACCGAGGAGAGUACGGGUGCCAUAAAGUUGCUUGGAAACUUCAGCAGAUGCAGAAGGCUGUUUCUUCAUAAAGUGAAUGUUAGAAAUCUUUUUUAUUUUUUUCUCCUCAGUAUUACAGGGAAAGAACCAUUUGUUUUGUUAUUUUGUGCUUUUGGUUAUUCCAAAAUAUCACAGAGCUUGCUGACAUAGGAAGGAGCCAGCGUAGCUGGGGCUAUGUAUUUUGGCAACGUAGCAACUGCAAUGGACUGGAUGCUAGAUCUUAAACAAACAAAAAAAAGAAAAAAGCAAAAAAAAAAACCCACUACCAACAGUUAUCACCUUUGAGUGUAGCCUUAUGUGAAACAGAGGGUUCUGUGUAUCUCCACCUGCCUGUAGCAGAGACUUUACUUCUGGUGGCGAGUGAGGUAUGGCUUGAAGCCCACUACAGGUUAUGGAAAUGUGGUCAGUGAUUUCCAUGGACUCUGGCUGGAGAUUUUUUUUUUAAAUCUUCAUGACUACACAAUGACUAACUUUGAUACAUUUUAAGAUUUGCAGGAACUUUUUCUAGUGCGUUGCUAUAUUAAGGCUUGCUUUAAUUUGGAGCAUCAGCAGAGAAGAAUGGACACAGGUUUUGUUGACUGUAGUCUUUUUGCAUUGUUGUAGUGAACAUACUACUGCUUUUCUUACUCCGAAGCCGAAUGAUCUGACUCCAUCAGAUUGUCCUUUCCAGUUCAGUGACUGUUUUUUAGACUCCUGUGACCACCUCAUUCAGUGAGAGUUGGUGAACUGUUUCUCGGUACAUUUCCUUCCAACUUCUGGUGAUGUGUUUUCUGUCUGAAACAUUCCUAGCGGUGAGUUUUAAAACACUGUUAAAAACGUAUGGACACUUUGGGUGUGGUUUGCUGAUGGAUACACUGAAAGCUGUAGGAACCUUCGUUAGCGACAGCAACGUGUCUUGCGUUAGGCUGAGCCUGUGCUGGGGAGCUGGGUGCUGAGCUCCCCGGCAGCGCAGCUGUGCUGGUGCGGUUCUCCAGUGGUGGCUGUGUCCACACCGGUAUCAAUGUUUUAUCCAGUAUCAUUCAUUUUGCUUGCAAGGGUUUUUUUUAUUGUACUGACCCCGCGCAUCCGUCAGUACGGAGCCAUCCACGCAGAAGCUUUGUCGGCGCUGUAGGUGGGUGAAGUGUUUCUCGUCUAGAUGUAGCCUCGGCCCCCAGCUGUGCUGUGGGCGUUGGUGUCCGUUACCACUUAGAUCUCCUCUUUGGAUAUCUUUUGGAAAACUUGUCUUUUUAGCAGGAUUGAUCUAGCGGAACUUAAUUUCUGUUUUUUCCCUUCAUCUUUUCCUUGAGGCCACAUUAGGUAUUAAGGAAGGGUUGUCCCUUUACAAUGAGUACAUAUCCACUGAGGCUGUCUCGUUACUGCUGCAUAGACAAAACCCCGGCAGCUCCAGCGCUUUAACGCCCCCUGUACAUGUGUGGGGGCUUCCAUUGCAACACAAUUCCAUGGAAUGUGAAUAUCUGCGUAACAAAAACGCAUUCCUGGACCUACUAGCGGAGUUGUGAGGUAUCAUUUGUGCUGCACCCAGCUGGGCUGGGAGAGGCAGCUUUCACAGCCUGUGCAAGAACCACGGUGUUGGGAUGCUCGCUGGCACCGUGGGGCUCCCGGAGGCAAAGCUGACGGUACGGGAGGGAUGCCCAGAGGGGAGAUCUCCGUGUCCCAGGGCUGUGACAGAGACAACCUCAGCGCAGAGUCUGGGUGGUGUUUCUCUCUGAUCUCACCACCUAAUUUUUUCUGAUUGAUGAGAGAAUUUUUUUAUGAAUAAGUCUUAAAAAGACAGCCACUAAUUUUGGUAAACUGAAAUAAGAAAUUGUUGCAAAUAAAUUCUAGGGGUUGUUUCUUAACCAAACCGUUUUACUGGUCUUCCAAAACAUUGCUUUAAUUUGUGGCAAAGGGAAUGCGUUGUCUUUUUCCUUUCAAGGAGCUGCUGUUCCAGUCACUGUACUCACUUUACUGCAAUUCUUGAUUUAUGUAUAGAAAUGAUUUGUUUAAAAAAAAAAAAACUCUGGAUAUAUUUGUGCUGGAAACCCACAUUGUUGAUAUUCAAAGCAACUGUCCAUUUUUAAAUGUAUUUGUUCUCAAUUUUAAUUCAUGCAAGGAUAACUGCAUUAUUUAAUCUGUAUUAACAAGUUUCCUGUAAUGCUGCAGUUUCACAUUUAUUUUCCUUACAAUUUGUAACUAUCAUGGAAACAAUGUCACUUUUUUUGCAUCUUACUAGUUUUUUUGGUCCAUGUUUUUAACUUACCUUCACUAAUAGUAACGUUUUGGUUGUAUCAUUUGUUAGAAUAAAGACCAAAAUAUGCUGUUCGAUUCUGAAAUUGUUCAACAUGUGACAAACAUGUAAAAAUCAAGUUCAAUGCUCCCUCCAUGCGGUACUCUCAAGAGUAUAGAGGUGUACAUCUCUGAGCAAGGAUUUGAUUUGAGAAGAUGAGUUCACACUGCUGCAUUCUGCAAGGGCAUUUUAUUGGUCAGUUUUUAAAUAAAAGUCUCAAUUUUCAGCCUA